AUGUCUCCCAAGACUCAAGACAUGGUGAACCCCACCCCUGCUGGCGCGUGUCUGACAUGGAUCUUUGAUCAUUGCAUGCGCUACCCCGGCUCAUACGAGAUCCCUCUCCGUACUAUGUACGAUAUCAACUGUAACUCAGUAAAGACUGCCAACCGUGGCCCCGAGACCGCUUUCUCCGGACGCAGCUCCGGACGCAGCUCCGCUCGCAACUCCACAAACUCGGCUUCUACCAAAUCUCCUCGUUCAUCGGCUGGUGAAGACACUAUCGACGCCGCUGCCGACUUUCGUUCGCAUAUGACUUAUCAGAUUUCUCGUCUGCCCUCGCAACCUUGCUCGCUACCUCCCACCUUCCUGACAUCGUUCUUGCGUCGCUGCUUCACCCUCGAGCUGGAGUCUGUUGAUUUCCCUCAGGCGCUGACUGCUUUGGACUACUUGAAUGAUCUGGAGUGUCGCUGGAAGAAAGAGAUUUGCUCCGCCAUGGAGCGACUGAAGGUCACGCGCGAGGAUGCCGCCAACCCUGGCAAGUCAGAGCUUGCUACCGAGUUCCCUGGAGUCAUGCUCUGGGUGGAGUCCAUGGGUCAGAAGGCUCGCCGUCUUGAGGCAUUUUACACGCAGAUUUACAUUGGCUUGCGUCGUUGGACUCUUAUUAACGAUAUGCUUCUUGAGCCCCGUACCAAGGCCAACAACAUUGUCAUGCUCAAUGUCCUCUUCCCUCCCAUGUCGUCCGCUUCGGUCACUCCCACUCCUCAAUUGACUCACCAGAUCCUUCAGUCUCAGCGCGACGGUUUCUGGCAGUAUAUUGAUGUGGUCGACACCCACGGUGGUGAUAGACUGGACCCAGUCAUCUCUCAGGGUGCUCCCGAAGGCCACGCCACCUCCUGGCCUCUGGUGCACGAAGCACUCGAUAAGUACCUCGUUUUGGUUAACGAGGUUAUUGACGAGUGCAUCUUGAUUAACGAGCCCUCCGUGCUUGUUAACAAGCGUGUCUCGAUCCACCGGACUCUCCGCGGCAAGAAGGCCGACUCUGGCAUUAGCUUCAUUCCUCCCCAGAUGCAAAUUUCUGAGACCAUUCCCGAGGAGAUUGAGGAGAAGCCUCUUCCUUUCUUUCCUGUACUCAAGAAAUCUCACUCGCCUCUGGAGCGUCUGGCUAAUGAGCUUCAGCGCCUGCGCAAAAAGUCUAAGGGCAUGAAGAUAGUUCGCUCGUCGACUUCGAUGUCUUCUCGCCCUGCGAGCCAGCAGAGCUAUGCUGAGAGCUCUUUCUUUGAGAUUGAUGAGCAGAAGCGUCGUCGUCUCAUUGGUGAGGCCACGACUCGCAAGAACGUGCAGUCUUCUUAG